UAAAUACAAAAAUACUAGAAAUAGAAGACUGAUACAGUAUGGCAGACGUUCAGAAAAAAGCUUUUCUCAUUGUGUGAAACGUUGCAGUUUGCUGAGUUAUAAAUAGUGUCAGUUUUAAAAGCAGAAGGUUUACAAAUGAGGAUUUGAAUCUUGUUCAAAGACAAGUUGGUAGAGACUGAUGUACAUUGUCAGACGUAGUUUAGUGGGUAUUUGACAAGGGGUUUUUUUAGCAUGGUUUUAAUCUCAAUUCUAAAAUGUUCAGCUAUGUCUUAUUUUUUUACUGUUUAAUUCACUUGUUUGGUCACUGAAUAAUCUGUGAGGUGGACCAUGUAUCUUGAUUUGUGGUGAGGAGACAGAGCUAAUCCACAGACAUCCACAAAAGUGAGGCACAACUGAAGAUUGUAAUGUUAAAAAGAAAACUUAAAAAAUGCAGAAAGAGAAAUGUGAAACAGCAAAAAUUGGAACAUGGACCAGAGCUAGGAACAUGACAUGGAACAAAGUCUGAAACAGGGCAAUGAAACAGAUUAGGAGCUUCGAGUGCUGGAUCAGAUGAUAAAUAAGGGGAUGAUGAGGCAGUGCAGAUGAGUGACUUAUUAUAAGUGGUCAGUGUGAAUAUAAGAAUGUGAAGCAGACUCAACAUGAGGAAGCUGAAAUGGACAUAAACGAUAAACCAAGGUAAAGAGUAUCACUAAGGAAACUAUACUGAAAUGGACAAAGAACAAAAUCCAAGAAAACGCUAACAGACUAAAUGAAAGGAGUGAACUGAUAUUGCCAUCUCAGUUGCACUUAGUCCGGGCUGAUGAGAUAAUUUGAAUAGACUAACCACCAUGCUGCAGUACACCAGAUAUCCAAACACAUCUAGCUUAUUGAUUGAAUGUAUUUUUUGUAUUUGUAUGGCCCUUUGCACUAUUUAUGAAUCACUUUUCACUUUGUUUUUCAGGUCAACCAGAGCAGGGUCUUUCCAGAAAUUAUACAAAGACAGAAGCUAACCAAGGAGAGAAACUAAAGAUGUUAUUAACUUGUGGUGGAAAUUCAUUAGACAGUUAUGCCAGAUUUGUUGUUGUUGUAAACAAAAGCAGACAAGAACAAAUUCAGUACCUCCACUUUCUGAGUAAGCUGAAACUGUUUUGUGUUUUGGACUUUGACCCAAACUCGCUCACUUCAGGUGGACUGUGUAAUUCAUACAGAGAGUCAAGGGUGGCUAAUCUGCAUCUGCCAGUACAAUUUCAGGGACAAAUAGAGGCUGUAAAAAAAAACCUUAACCUCAACCUCCAGACCAGCUGGGUCUUCUGUAAUGGAAGAAAUGACCUCGAAGGAGACAAAGAACUAGAGUACAGAGAGUGGUUGAGGAAAUCUUGCAAAGAUGUUGAACAGUUAGUUUCCUUUAUCUGCAACCCUGACGUUUUUCUUGAUGGCAGAUGGCUGAUCAUAUUCCUCCUCCUUUCCCCUGUAUCCACUGAGAAAGAUCCAAUCUUUGAUACCUACAAAUCUUUUAUCAAACACACAGAUGAGAAAAACAUUAUCUGCAUUUGUGAGUCUCAAGCUACAUAUUGGAAAUGGAGGGAACUUAUCCAAGAGAAGUGUGACUUUGACAUUGAGCAUUUGUCCAUAAGUGAACUAACUCUGAGUGAGAUCAAUGGGACCAUAAUGGGCCUGGGACCAGUUACUCAGUCAUGUACACGUCUGCUUCCUUCUUCUGGUUCCAGUGAUGUUGUCCUAAAACAGAAGGAUGAAGAUCUACUAACAGCUCUGAAAGUUCUUGCCUCAAAUGAGUGUGAAAACGUCUUUGAUGAAAGCAGUGAAGAAUUUCAAAAGUUCAGAAUCAAGGUUGAGGAGGACUUUUACAGAGGAGCCAAAGUGAGUUGGUGGAACUUCUACUUCUGUGAUAAAGACAGAGUGAAGCCAUUUAUAAAGAGAGAAAAGCAUGAAAAUGUGAAGCAAAUGAUUAGAUCACAAAAGACACAUUCAAGCAAUGCCUGCGUUCUGCUGAAUCUAUUUCAUGACCCAGGAUGUGGCGGUACCACCUUAGCAAUGCAUGCAAUGUGGGAGCUCCGUAAGGAGUUCAGAUGUGCAAUUCUGAAAGACAACAUGUUGCCAAAAACUGAGGUGGCCAACCAGAUCCAACAUCUGAUGAAACUGGAAAGUAAGAAACCAUCACCAGUUUUACUUCUGAUUGAUGAAUCCAAAGAAACAGAAACUCCUUCUCAUCUAGUAAACUGCAUCCGUCAAGCAGCUGAAGAUUUAUUGGACUUUAAUCUGGAGGAGGGUCAACACUGCAAAGUUAUCGUCCUCAAUUGUGUUCGUUCACAUAAUCCUAAAGAGCAAUACAGGCAGCACAAUCAAACCCAAAACCAGUACAUAACUGCAAAACUGACCCCACAAGAACAAAGGGAGUUUGAAAAGAAACUCAAAGAUCUCCAAGAAACCCAUGAGAAACCUGAAAACUUUUACAGCUUUAUGUUAAUGAAGAACAAUUUUGACAAAACAUACACAGAAAAUCUUGCUCGUAACACACUGGAGAACUUUGACUUUAGCACCAAAGUGGCCCAGCUCUUUUCCUUUCUGGCCUUGCUCAAAACAUAUGCUGAAAAGUCAGAAAUCGCUCUGUCACUCUGUGAGGAUUUCCUUCAGAGGAAGAUGUUUCGCUGGGAAGAAGACUGUGUUUUGGACAGAAUGAACCCAUACUCAAACUUCCUCAUCAUAGACUCGGUGAAUGAUUGGGGUGGAUACAAAGGAAUUCGAAUUCUUCAUCAUGCAAUAGCUUCUGCCUGUCUGGAUGAGUUGGAGAGAAGUCAUAAUCUGAAAGUCAGUGAUAUUGUUAAGGAGAUUCUUCACUGUGAUUUGUUUUUCAGUGCAGGUGUUGUCAAACACAGAUUCAUGCUCUCUAUUCAACAAAUGCUGAUUAAAAGACGAAAGCGAAAGAAAGAUGGAGAGGAGAGGGAACCAUUUUCUCCACUGAUAGAAAAAAUCCACAGCCAAGAGGGGAGACAAACUGUCCAAGAGAUCUUUGAGAGUGCAUCAUCCAGAUUUGAGAAGAGUGCAUCUAUUCCUCAGGCAUUGGCAAGAUAUUUGUACAUCAAUGUGCGUGACUUUCCAGAAGCCUUAAUAUGGGCAGAGAAAGCUAAGAAUAUUAAAGAUAAUCCCUAUACCUUUGAUACAAUCGGACAAAUCCACAAAAGCAAUCUGAGGUCUAACUUUGAAAGAGAAAAGCAGGAGGACACGCACAACCCAGAAGAUUUGCACAAAAAUAUUGAAAUAGCCAUUAAUGGGUGGAAAGCUUUCCAAAGAGCUCAGGAACUGUCAGAUUUUGAGAAUAAAAGAGAAGAAGAAACAGCCGGUGAUGAAUCAGAGGACUAUCCCAGAAAAUGGUACAAUGUUUACGGUCAUGUCAGCAUGCUGGAAAUCUCUUUCCUGAUCUUUGAAAUACUGAGCAGGUUACCUUUCUUUGAAAAAGAUGAUCAUCUUAAAAAACACUACUUGAGAAGUUUUCUUAACAAUUCAAUGCCAAUCAACAGUGUUCACAGAGAAUACACAGACAUCAACAACAGGUAUGUUGAGAUCAUCAGAGAACACGAGCUAUUUCUCAUCAAACUUAGAGCUGAAGUCAAAGAAAAGUUUGAUUUUCUAGAUUCUUACUUUGCCUACAUCAAACAGAACUCGUAUGACAGAACCAACCACGGGACAGUAAGUGAACUUUUUAAAAAGUAUGUAGAUCUUUUCUGUGCCACACUAGAUGAAAGGAGAAAAGAACAAAAAGUCAAAACCAACCUCAACCUGAAAUUGGAUAUUGAGGAACGAAAAAGAUUUCUGGAGAUGUGUCAAGCAGAUACUUUCUCUGGAAUACUUCAGUGUAUGGAUAAGCUCACUGCAGAGACAGAAGAGAUAACACAAUGCUAUGCAUUUUUACUACAACACACUGUCCAUGAGAGAAAUCAUUCAAAAAUAAAAAUCAAUUACAUUAUGUCAAACAUAAAUCUUUACCACCUGAAUGCAAAAUCUAAACAUGUAAAGAAAUACAUUGACCUCUGUACUCUUCUUCGAGACAUUCUGCAAGACGUAGGACUUCGAUAUCCUUUCCCAGAUCCAUAUUUUCUGGCUCUGUUGUUAUUCUGGCCAAGUCCUUCAGAAGAAAAUACAGACAUAGCAAAAUAUGUAACUGCAAUUCGACAGUCUUCUCAUAAGCACUUGUCCAAGUUACUUCAAAAGAGGAGCACCAUUGCUUACUUUUACUUGGGUAAAGGAGAAGAAUUGAAGAGGCUGGUUUCAAAACCCUCACUGGAUAAGAGUUUUCUGAUGACGAUGAAACGAGAUGCCUUAGCACAAUAUUGGAGAGAUGGAGACAUAUUUAAAGAGAAAUCAAUAAGAAACCGGCUUUACAGAGUGAACGGAAUUAUUCAGCAGGGGGAAGUUUACGCUAACUAUGGUAAGCAAAAAAUCCCAGUACGUCCAGCACGGAUCAGCGGAAUAAGAUGUGGUUUCAGUACCGAAAAGGUUUCUUUCUACAUCGGGUUUGCCAUCAACGGACCCCUUGCAUAUGACAUCAAAUAUGAAAACUAGAAACUUGCACAGAAAGACCCUGCAAAGUGAACUUGGAUAAGCAACUAAUAGUCACGGCUAAUGCUUAAAGAAUGUUAGGAACAUAAAUUAGAAGUUAUUACAUACCUUCUGGCUUUUUAGAUCUAGCUUAAAAUAUUUUCUUGAGGAGGCAUAUUUCUUUUGCAAUUUCCAAAUUGAACAUGAUUCAGCUCAGACAGCAAAUAAAAGGAUGAAUGCAGUUGUUAUCACAGUAAUUUUCAAGAUAUUUGACUGAGCAAAUGUUGAGUAAAGAGUGAAGGUAUUACCCAUUACUCUGAUGAUGAGGUCAAGACAUUUGGUCUAAAAUAACAAUAAACCAUCUACUUACCCCCUCUACUGUAGAAGACCAAAGAAAUUACAAUGAUCUUGAGUUAUAACAAUGUUUCGAGGACCUUGCUGAAUAAAUAUUGGUAUCAUUGAACAUUAGGCCGCCUCAGAAUAACCUACUCUUCUUCUUAUGUGUACACAGUUGUUUAUCAUCAUGUUCAGCUCAUGUGACAGAGCAUGUUUUUGUAAUGUUCCAGUUUAUGUUUUAAUUAUGUACUUUUAUGUCUGAAGUUCUUAACUGAAACAUGUUAACUUUUGUUUUUGUUUUAUGAAGAUGGUGAACUUCUCAAAUAUUAUCUCAGUUAAUGUCUAUAGUUCUCUUCAGAUUCAUAGAAGAUAUAAUGACUGUCUAUAUUUCUGUUAUUUCUGACCAUAUACAUAUGAGAUGUUUAAGUUAAAUUUUUUUCUUUCUCUAUAGAACCAGUCUUGCAUAGGUAUAUGUUUGUCGGACAUUUUAUAUAUACAAACAUUGAAAACUAUGGUCAACAUUUAAGUUAAAUGUGGUUUUAUUAUUUUUAUCAAAAAAUAUUUUCAAAGUAUUUCUGUAAAAAAAAGGUGAAAGCUUUGAAUUUCGAGGUUCGAUUCUUUUGAUUAUAUCUAUCACUUCUGCUUCCAAUGGAAAAAUUUUAUCUUUUUACUAUAUUUACUCAUUGCAUUAUUGCAUUUAUCUUUGUAUCAUUUAUAUUCAUUGUUUGAUACUUACAAUAUCUAUUCAUAUAUUCAUUUACCCAUUUUGCUCAUUAUAUUACAAAUAAUUGUACAUUUAAUGAUUACAUUAUUUUUUUUACAUUAUUCUUUUGUUAUUUUCCUGCAAUAUCAUAAAAUUGACAUUUUAUUUCCAGACUGGUUUCAGACAGCAUAUUUGAUGGUUGAAGUAAAACCACAAACUGUAACAUCUACAGUGUUUAGAAAACUAAGUUCAUAAGUUUGCAUAAUGAAUUUCAUUAUGAGGUGAUGACUGUCAGUGAGAUGAUGAACCAUCCUCUUCCAAGAGUUUUUGCACUUGGAAGAGGAUGCAAAGAGGAUGGAAGAAAAAGAAGCUGACCUACAGUCUGUAAUUCUUUGUACUUCUUGAUUAAAAAUCCAUGAAAUAAACAUUUGUGA